UGGGAGAAAAAUGGAGAAGACAACCAAAGCUUCGGAAUGUUCCACAGAUUCUGUGCAUUUGAGUCCUUCCCUCCGCCUCUGCCACUUCAUUAUUGAAGGACCUAAACCAAGGGCAGCAGGGCUACUUUUACAGCAUCAUGAGGAUUUAUGACUCCAGGCAGUGGAAGGCCCUGCAGGCCCUCUAUAUUCACAGCCUUCAACGCCAGCACCUGCUUGGUGAGUUGCUGUAUUACUCACAGGAAGCCUUGGCCUGUGCUGCUGCCCUCAGAGAUUCAGCCAAGGGAGCCUCAGCCAUGGCAGCUCCAUGAAGAACCACCCCCCAGAAGGCCUCAGCGUGAAGAGGAUGUGGCCAUAGGCGCUCCCUGUGGUUGGACCCAGGGUGCAGAGAGCAAGACUCUGAUGCCUCCAAAACUGAGGUUUUGCACAAGCUCUGAAGCAGGCACUUGGCCCAUGUACCCUUGGCAUCUAGUGAGUGCUUAGUAUAUAUUUGUUGAAUGAGAAUAAAUAAAAGAAUAACUUCU